AUGGGUUUCUUCGGUUGGGACGAAUCUCAAGCCUCUCACGAGCAGGUCUACGGCGGCCAGCCUCAUGAAGGCAAGCUCUCUCACGAACUGAUUGCCGGAGCCGCCAGUUUCGAGGCUUUCAAGGCUUUUGAAGACCACCGCCGUGCCGAGGGAGAACCAGUCUCCCACGCCUUCGCAAAAGAGGCUCUCGUCGGCCUCGUCGGCGCCGAAGUCGACAAGCUCGUCGAAACAAAGGGUCUCGAUGAAUACGACAGAAUCCAGGCCAAGCGUCAUGCGGAGGAGAACGUGCAGGGUCUGUAUGAUCAGCACUACGGUGGACAGGAUCAGUGGCAUCCUGAUUAUGAUCGUCCUCAGCGAUGGUAG